UUAAUGAGCUUCUAGCUAAGCUUCUGCAGCAAUGGGCGGGCGUAGGGGAGAGCGCGGAUGCCCGGCGUCAAGGGUGGCGUCAGCCGAUCGCGAACCGGUUUCAUGCACCCCUGCAGCCUCUAAUUAGGUGCAACGCUGCGCUGCAGCACUUCAUACUUGAGUUGUCAACAAUCGAACACCACUUCUUUAGUUGGCUCUUGCACACGCAUAACGGCCCCAAACGCCUUUCGUCGAUUCUAUGUUCGGCUCCUUGGUGAACCGCGCUCGUCUAGUUGCUCUUAAUCUCACUCGUAAGCUCGCUCAGCCAGCUGAAGGCGGUGGCGUCACAGGGCUCUCGCUGCUUGCUCGGCGCUCGCUCCUAACCUCCAGGCGCCUAGGCCUGCUGGGCCGCGGGCGCGGCCUGCUGGCCGGCUCCGCCACCGCGGGCGCCUUCAUGUGGCAGGACGCCGGCGCGGCUCUGGCGCACGGCCUGCACACCUCCUCCGGACUCCUCAGCUCCGCCGCGGGGUCGCUGUUCGGCGGCGGCGGCCGAGUGGAGAUGGGGCUGCUGGGAUGGCUGUGUGUGGACCUGGGUAUCAACUGGGCUGGCUGGGCGGUGGCGGCGGCGCUCAAGACUGAGAAGUUCUACGACCUGUUGGGCAGCGCCUCCUUCCUCACGCUCACCGUGGGUAGCCUGCUCACGGGCGGGGCCAGCGGCGCACGCAAGUUCCUGGUGAGCGGCAUGGUGGCGGCCUGGGCGGUGCGGCUGGGGUCCUACCUGGUCACGCGCGUGGUCAAGACCGGCGGCGACGCACGCUUUGACGACGUCAAGGACAAGCCGGGCAAGUUCUUCGUGUACUGGACAAUGCAGGCGGUGUGGGUGUUCGUGUCGCUGCUGCCUGUGCUGUGCAUCAACGGCGGCCGGGCGCCGGUGCCGCUGGGGCCGCUGGACAUGCUGGGCAUCGCUGUGUACGGGCUGGGCAUGGCUCUGGAGGUGACUGCAGACUGGCAGAAGGCGGCCUGGAAGUCGCGGCCCGAGAACAAGGGCCGCUUCAUCGACGAGGGGCUGUGGUCGCUCAGCCGGCACCCCAACUACUGCGGCGAGAUGAUGAUCUGGUGGGGCGUGUUCCUGACCUGCGCCCCCGGGUUCGGUGCCGCCUGGCAGUACGUGUCGGUUGCCUCGCCGGUGGUGGUGAUGCUGCUGCUGCGCUACGUCAGCGGCGUGCCGCUACUGGAGCAGAUGGGCGAGCAGCGCUGGGGCACGGAGCCGGCAUUCCAGGAGUACAAGGCGCGCACCAACCUGCUGCUGCCGCUGCCGCGCUUCAAGGAUACGCACGUCAACUGAACGCCAGUUCAGGCGAAGGAGCGGAAGAGCUAGGGACUGGGACUGGGCUUGGGGCUACGGACGGGCUUUGGGAACGCGCCCACGGAGGGAGCCCUUGUGGGGGCGAGCUGUGUAUUGUGUGUCCAUGGCAGCAGUCCGUGCGUGCAUCCAUCAGCCGGGCAGACAGCGCGGCAGGUGCACGCCAGCUGUGGCGGGUCGAGGGAGCGCGCUGGGCUGGAGGCGUGGGGCAACACCGGCACGCGUCCUGGCGUGGGCGGUUUGCAUGCUUAUUAAGCUGCUGGCGUGCUCAGCCGCCGCAUGCGUUUUAAGACAUUCACCACGAGUGUGCCGGGCUGUCUAUGCGGUGACUUCAGUUUUGGUCUUGUCGUUAGGGGUGAUCGGACUGCGCUUUUGACGCGUGCUUAUAUGAAAGUGUAGAUUGUGCUGCGCGCAUGAGAGCGUUCGUCACUUGUUUACGGCGUGCUUGAGAGUGAUUCGAGAGAGAGAGAGAGAGAGCGGCUUGGGUUCGCCGAUUUGGAGGGCGAGUGAAUGAGUUGAGGGAGCUUUGAGCAGCUUGGCCCUGGGGAUGACGAACUCGUCAACAUGUGCUCCUGUGGAGCGAGCGCCAAGUUUUUGCCACGAGUUUUGGCCCGAGCGCACAUGUUAACAAGUGCUGCGUUUUGUUUGUGGGUAAGUUGACGUGCCGUAGGUCCGUAGCAAGGUGGCCGGGGCUUUCUAACUGCGAAUGUGGUAGCCUGGUGGGAGCGGGGUUGGCCCACGGCUGAGGCACAAGCACACUAAGCAGGUGUGUGACCGGAUGUCACAGGCAUACCAGCAGCCCAAUCCCUGCAUCAGCACUCAGGUCAGCCUCGUGUAAACUCAUUUGGUG